UCAGUUGGUAAUUUGGUAUUGGUUAUGAUUGGUUAGUAGCAGUUAGUAGUUAGUAUCAGUAUUUCGUCUUUCUGUUUACGUCGAUUUGUAGACGGUAAACAAAAAUGUCAGUUCCAUCGUCAGUUUCGUUGUCAACCAGAAACAAGAAACAUUUCUUGGGUGUACCGGCGCCCUUAGGAUACGUUGCUGGUGUCGGAAGAGGAGCUACCGGAUUCACAACUAGAUCUGAUAUCGGUCCAGCUCGAGAUGCUAACGAUGUCUCGGACGAUAGACAUGCUCCACCUACAAAACGAACAAAAAAGAAGGAAGAAGAGGAAGAAGAUGAAGAAGACUUGAAUGAUUCCAAUUACGAUGAAUUUUCUGGAUACGGGGGCUCGCUUUUCAGUAAAGAUCCAUAUGAUAAAGACGAUGAAGAAGCAGACGCCAUUUACGAAGCUAUUGACAAGCGAAUGGAUGAAAAACGUAAAGAAUAUAGAGAAAAAAGGCUCAGAGAGGAACUAGAAAGGUAUCGUCAAGAACGUCCUAAAAUUCAACAGCAGUUCUCUGAUUUGAAAAGGGAAUUGGUAAAUGUAACCGAAGAAGAAUGGAAAAAUGUUCCAGAAGUAGGUGAUGCCAGGAAUCGGAAACAACGGAAUCCGCGGGCUGAAAAAUUCACGCCAUUGCCGGAUUCUGUACUCGCGAGAAACUUGGGAGGUGAAACAUCUACUAGUAUUGAUCCGUCGAGUGGUCUGGCAUCUAUGAUGCCUGGUGUAGCGACUCCUGGAAUGUUGACUCCUACAGGAGAUUUAGAUCUAAGGAAAAUUGGACAAGCCAGAAACACUCUAAUGAACGUUAAAUUAAACCAAGUUUCCGAUUCCGUAGAAGGACAAACUGUUGUCGAUCCAAAGGGCUAUCUUACAGAUUUGCAAAGUAUGAUCCCAACGUACGGCGGUGAUAUCAACGAUAUCAAGAAAGCCAGAUUGCUAUUGAAAUCUGUGAGAGAAACGAAUCCCAAUCAUCCACCAGCAUGGAUUGCAUCGGCUCGUUUAGAAGAAGUUACAGGCAAAGUACAAGCUGCGCGAAAUCUGAUAAUGAAAGGGUGCGAGGUAAAUCCUACGUCGGAAGACUUAUGGUUGGAAGCAGCUAGACUUCAACCACCGGAUACGGCUAAAGCGGUAAUUGCGCAAUCGGUACGGCAUAUACCAACGUCUGUUCGAAUUUGGAUAAAGGCAGCUGAUUUAGAGACGGAAACAAAAGCGAAAAGGAGAGUGUACCGCAAAGCGUUGGAGCACAUUCCAAAUUCGGUGAGAUUGUGGAAAGCGGCGGUCGAGUUGGAGGAACCAGAGGAUGCACGGAUUUUACUUAGUCGAGCGGUCGAGUGUUGUCCGACCAGUGUAGAUCUGUGGCUUGCUCUCGCAAGAUUAGAAACCUAUGACAACGCGAGGAAGGUACUUAAUAAAGCAAGAGAGAACAUUCCAACCGAUAGACAAAUCUGGACCACCGCCGCAAAAUUAGAAGAGGCGAAUGGGAAUAAGCACAUGGUAGAAAAAAUUAUCGAUCGUGCGAUAUCCUCGUUGAGCGCGAACGGAGUCGAAAUUAACAGAGAACAUUGGUUCAAAGAAGCCAUGGAGGCGGAAAAGGCUGGUGCGGUACAUACAUGUCAAGUUAUCGUUAAAGCAAUCAUCAGUUUUGGCGUAGAAGAAGAAGAUAGAAAGCACACGUGGAUGGAGGAUGCAGAAGCUUGCGCCCAACAAGGAGCAUUGGAGUGCGCCAGGGCUGUCUACGCUUACGCAUUGUCGGCGUUUCCUAGUAAAAAAUCAAUUUGGCUACGCGCAGCCUAUUUCGAGAAAACGUAUGGAACGCGAGAAUCUUUGGAAUCUUUGCUCCAAAGAGCAGUUGCACAUUGUCCCAAAAGCGAAGUGCUUUGGCUCAUGGGUGCAAAAUCCAAGUGGUUGGCUGGUGAUGUUCCAGCAGCUAGAGGUAUUCUGUCUCUCGCGUUUCAAGCAAAUCCAAAUUCAGAGGAGAUUUGGUUGGCGGCCGUGAAACUAGAAUCUGAAAAUUCUGAAUACGAAAGAGCUCGGCGAUUACUUGCAAAAGCGAGAGCAUCCGCGCCAACUCCUAGAGUAAUGAUGAAAAGUGCGAAAUUAGAAUGGGCUUUGAACAAUCUCGACGCAGCCUUGCUGCUUCUGAAAGAGGCUCUGGAGGCAUUCGACGAUUUCCCAAAGUUGUGGUUGAUGAAGGGUCAAAUCGAGGAGCAACAGGGAAAUUUGGAUAAAGCUUUGGACACUUACACACAAGCUAUUAAGAAGUGUCCGAGUUCGAUUCCAUUGUGGCGUUUACUAUCACAACUGGAACACAGAAAAGGCCAAGUUACUAAGGCUCGUUCAGUGUUGGAAAAAGCACGUCUAAGGAAUCCAAAGAACGCUGAACUUUGGUUAGAAGCUAUCAGAAACGAAUUGAAAAGUGGCGGUGUCAGAGAUAUGGCCAAUACACUUAUGGCAAAAGCUUUGCAAGAGUGUCCGACAUCAGGUUUACUUUGGGCUGAAGCGAUCUUUAUGGAACCAAGGCCACAGAGAAAGACUAAAAGCGUUGACGCAUUGAAGAAGUGCGAACACGAUCCUUAUGUACUUCUUGCGGUAUCCAAAUUGUUCUGGUGCGAACAUAAAAUUACAAAGUGUAGAGACUGGUUCAACAGAACAGUGAAGAUAGAUCCUGAUUUAGGAGAUGCAUGGGCAUACUUCUACAAGUUUGAACUUCUAAAUGGAACAGAGGAACAACAAGAAGAUGUAAAAAAACGAUGCAUUGCUGCAGAACCUCAUCAUGGUGAAAACUGGUGUAAAGUAUCCAAGAAUAUUGCAAAUUGGUGCUUAAGCAUAGAUCAAAUCUUAGUACUGGUCGCAAAAGAUCUACCAAUUCCAAUAUAAUCGAUAAUAUAAAUUUAAGUGUGCAUUGUAAAUAAUUUUUAAAAGUUUAUGAGCAAUAGAAAAAUAAACAAUCUUGUACAUGUGUUGAAAUGGACAUUGUAUACAACA